CAAAUAUUCCUUUUAUUCCCAUGUCUCAAAAAACAGGAAAAAAAAUAAAGUAUUGCCCAGCUGGUCAUUCUUCCAGGGAAAUCGUUUAUUCUGAUUGUCAUAAUUUCAUUUAUUCAAGUGGAAGAUGUGAUUUAUGUACUAGAGAACAUUUUAUCCAAGAGUUUAAAACUUGGUCUAGUGGGAAUUCUAACAUUGAUAAGAUUAUACAAGAAUCCCAAAUAAAUAACAUUUACUAUAAGUUACAAUGGAUACCUUAUGAUAAUUUUCAGAAUAUCGAAUACAUAGCAGAUGGUGGCAUAAAAGAGAAUUGGAAUUUUAUCAAACAGGAUUGGAAAUAUCAUUCAAUAGACCGUGAAAUUGCUUUGAAAGAAAUAUUAGAUUCUAGAUUUGAUAUAGCUGAAUUUCUCAAAGUG